AAUUCAUGUUUUAUCAGAAAUUGCCCGACGGGAGGAAAGCGGGCAAUUGAAGCAAGUGAGAUCGGUCACAAGUGUAUGUCAUGUGGGCCGGGUAACGUGGGACAAUGUGUGGGACCAAACAUAUGCUGUGGAAGAUUUGGUUGUUAUAUUGGUACUAAAGAAACCGAGAUUUGUGAACAUGAAAAUGAUAGUACCGUAGCGUGUCGGGUGGAGGGUAAACUGUGUGGUUCACGUCAACAAGGACAGUGUGUAGCUAAUGGUAUUUGCUGUGAUUCA